UUGACAUGGCGGAAUUCCACACUGCUCCUCUCUGGUCCACCGUGGAUUUCGCAGCAACGGAAUGACACGCUUUCUAUUUCGGGACUAAAGUGUUAACACGCAAGAUUUACUGAAUCUGAGGCUGUCGCUGGGAGGGCUCGAUGAAUGUUCGUCACCAUGAUGAUGACGGACCAAAUGCUGGACCUCCCGCCUCCAUUGAGCAACGAGCUUCCCAUGAUGCACCACAUGAUCAAUGGCGAUGCAUCACAGCAGAUGAUCUUGGUCCAGGUGAACCCAGGUGAGACGUUCACUAUCCGCAUGGAGGACGGGGCUUUGCAGUGCAUCCAAGGGCCUGCUGAGGUUCCCAUGAUGUCACCAAACGGCUCCAUUCCACCAAUCCACGUUCCUCCCGGCUACGUCUCUCAGGUUCUGGAGGACAACACAGGCGUGCGGAGGGUCGUCGUCACACCUCAUUCUGAAUGUUAUCCUCCCAGUUACUCUCCAGCUUUAUCCCCCAGUCACCACAUUCAUCCUCAAUACCUGACACACCCUCACUUUAUCCCAGCCUCACACACGUCAUACUAUCCUCCGGUCAGCCCUGGUGACGUACCGCCACACCAGUUUUACCAACACCGCCUUCCACCCAUAUACCCAGAAGAGAUCAUCCCGCUGUACAACGUCUCCACUUUUAUGGGUCAUGAGGAGUACUGCAAACCUCCACCCAAGAAGCUAAAGCAACCUGUGGAGCGCACGCCUCUCAGUCAGAUGAACAUCCCAGUGUCCAACAGCUACAAAAACAGCACAACGACCACCGCUAAUGGCUACGGCAAGAGUCACGGUAGCCCUGGAGGAGGAGGAGGAAGCCCAGGCAACAAGAGGCCUGAGAGAAGAGCCAGGGGAAGCCCCAAACACACAGACACCGACACACAAGAUCACGAUGUGGAAGCGAGACGAGUUCAGGCUGUGCCAUCAGGAAUGGACAAGCCUCAGGUGUCUAAUUUGCAGUCCCAUUCUGCGCUUGUGUCAUGGCCUUCAAUUUCCAUAUCGGCGUCUCCUGGACAAGCCCCAACCUACGAGCUCCAGCUCAAGGACAAGGGUCGCGAUGGGAAAUAUAAGGUCGUCUACAGUGGCGAGGAGCUCCAGCACACUCUCACUGACCUCAGACCAGCCACAGACUAUCACGUCCGAGUAAGCACGGUUUGUAACUCAGUAAAGGGUCCUAGUUCGGAUGUGAGGGCCUUCACUACCCAAUGUGCCCCUCCUGAUGUCCCUCUUCCUCCCAGACUGUCCCAUCGCAGCAAGAGCUCCCUCACGCUGCAGUGGAAGCCUCCAGCAGACAACGGCUCAAAAAUCACCAAUUACAUUGUAGAAUGGGAUGAGGGGAAAAAGAACAGCAUUUUCCGUGAAUAUUACGUCGGUCCCCAGAGACACUGCAAAGUGUUGAGGCUGUGCCCUGCUGUCGGGUACACUUUUCGAGUUGCUGCGCUUAAUGACAUUGGCACCAGUGGAUUCAGCACAGAAGUCGUGUUUUACACCACAGGCAGCCUCCAGCAGACGUCUUUACCUCCACGGCUGGUUCUGGCUGGAUCAUCCUGGGUUACACUAGAGUGGACGCGACCAAAUAGCUGCAGCACUGAAGAAAUGCUCACGUACACCCUGGAGAUGCAGGAUGAGACCAAGGGACUGGACUUUCAAGCAGUUUACAGCGGUUUUGAACUGAACCGUAAGGUGGAGACCUUGAGAAGGAACACGCAGUACAAAUUCAGGCUCAUCACAUGUAUUGGCGAGUGGCGCAGUGCACCGAGCUCUCUGCUUGUGUGUAAAACAACUUCAGACAGACCCGGACCACCUGUGAAUCCUGCAGUUAACACACUCACAUAUCACAGCUUCUGCGUGACGUGGGAACCUCCGGAAGAUGAUGGCGGAUCUGGAGACUUGACGUACAUCCUGGAGAUUUCAGAAAGUAAUAAUAAUGAAGAGAGACAGUGGGCGGCUCUCUAUAGAGGACCAGAGAGGAAACAUUUGUGUGAGGAUCUAAAACCAGCUACGAGCUUCUCCCUGAGACUGAGCUGUGUCAGUGCGGCCGGACAAAGCCAGUGGUCAGACGAGGUGACUGUGCGAACUCUCAUCCCGCCUCCGGGAUGCUGUCAACCACCGAGCAUCAUGGGAAAUGUCAAGCACAAGGAGCUGACUUUGCAAUGGGAUGCUCCUUUGUGUGGUGAAGAGACUGAAGGGGUUGAGUUUUGUUUAGAGAUGUGUGCAACAGGGGAGGGUUCAGAGCCAGCAGAGGUGUAUCGUGGAUCUAAAACAGAGUGCACUGUGGGUAAUUUGCUCCCUGGCAGCACCUACAGGUUUCACGUUCGUGCCGUCAACAGCGCAGGGUAUGGGCCGUUCUCGGAAUCUGUGGAAAUCAGCACAGCCGCUGGACCUCCAGGGCAAUGUAAUCCACCUACCGUCAAUGUGAUUUCACACACCUGCGCUCAUGUGACCUGGGAGAUCACGGAGAGCUCUGGGAUAGAUGUUUCUGGGUAUCGGCUGGAGUGGGGCCGGGAUUUGGACUCUCUUGAACUGGUCUACAGUGGAGAUGAAACCUACUUCCAGAUCUCCAAUCUGGAGGCUUCGACAGAAUACUGUUGCAGGAUACAGGCAGUUAACCAGGCUGGGGCGGGCCCCUACAGUGAUCUGGUGACAUGUCGAACCCCUGCCGCAGCCCCUGAUCUCAUAUCCGGAUUUCACCAACUCAACCUCCCUCUGAACCCAGCAGAAAGUGAAUCCUUCUCCCUUUCCACCUGUCUGGCCCUCGCCUGGGACGAGCCGAACUGUAAUGGAGCCCAAAUCAGCUCCUACAGUAUCCAGAUCGGGGACCGAAUCAUUUCCACCGAAAACACAAACCAGCACAUUAUCAGAGACCUGCUGCCGGACAGCGAGUACAGCCUGAAGAUUUGGGCAGAAAAUGAAAUGGGUGCCGGACCCUUGAGUGAGACCCUUAGAGUGAGGACCAGGCCUCUGCCGCCGUCUCCUCCACGGCUGGAGUGUGCAGCUGUCGGACCUCAGAGUCUGAAACUGCGCUGGGCUUUCAACAGCCGUAGUCAAUUCACAGAUGACACCAACUACAUCCUGCAGAUGGAGGACCGCAAUCAGAGGUUUGUGGUGGUUUAUCGAGGUGCAAGCCACACUUUUAAGCUGCAGAGACUGAAUGAAUCUAGCAGGUACCGUUUCCGGAUCCAGGCGGUGAGUGAAGCUGGUGAAGGACCGUUUUCUGAGACCUACACCUUCAGCACAACCAAAUCUCUGCCACAAACACUGAAAGCUCCAAGAGUUGUCCAACUAGAGGGAAAUACUUGUGAAGUCACAUGGGAGAGUAUUCCACCAAUGAGAGGAGACCGAAUCAGCUAUGUGCUACAAGUGUUGGGUGGGAGAGAAUCUGAAUAUAAACAGGUGUAUAAGGGAGAAGAUGCGUCCUUCCAGCUCUUGGGCCUGCAGUGGAACACAGACUACCGCGUGCGAGUGUUUGCAUGCAGACGCUGCUCAGACAGCCUCCAGGAGCUCUGUGGGUCCUUCAGCCCCUCGGCCCUUUUCAGCCUGCGGCGGAUGGACACCACACUGGCUGUGGAAGCGGACAUCAACAAAGCGACCAUCAGCAGAUCACUCUCUGACGAACAGUUUGCCGGACUCAUAGUAUUCGGGGUGGCUUCUCUCUCUGUCCUCAUAGCCUUCCUGCUUCAGCUUCUCAUUUAGAGGCGAGAAACGGCACAUUCCUGUCUGUCUCGACAACUGACAAAACCAAUUAAAGGGUUCGAAAUGAACAUUCUGUCAUCAUUUACUCACCCUCAUGUUGUUUCUGAGAGAUUGCUGUCCCUCCCUUGAAAUCUGUUCGCUCAAAACUUUCAAUUAAUAAUCUAUCCGUUUAUGAAGAGAUACUAUAGAGUCACUAUAUAUGAUGAACAGAUUUAAUUUGGGCUUUUCUUAAUGGUUAGACAUUGUUUAGCAAAUUUAAGCAGAAGCUUAGUCUUGACCUGUGAGGGCAAUCCUCAUUGGCUAUUGCGCAAACAUGCUGCCUUAAUUGCUAGAAUGAAUCUCAUUGGCUCUCACUCUUCAAGCAAGCAUGAUUGAGCUUCCACCAAAUUGUGUUUAUAUAUUCAAGUGUUUCAUAUCAUAUUAAAUAUUCAUAUCAUAUCAUGAAAAAUCCAUAUAUGCUGAAGUUUCACCAAUAUAUCGGUGGUCAUAUCGGUGUAGGCCAAUAAACGCUUAUUUAUAAUUUUAACGUAAGUUGCCCCAUAAUAGAAUAAACUGUUGGCCGAUAAUUUUUGAAAUAUUUCUGGUGGUUGGUCCACAUCAGAAAUACAUAAGAAGCCAUCAGAAUUGUGAAUAGUUCAAGUGAUGGUUCACCCAAAAUAGAAUUUAACUUCCAAAUCUUUGAGUUUUCCAUCUGUUAAAAACAGAAGAUGUUUUGACUUGACCUCACUUUAACAAAUGAUGUCUGCAAAAUUAUUGCAAACAAUUUUUGUGUUGAAUUUAAGCAAAUAAAAUGUAGCAAUGUUCAACUUAAUUUGUUUAAAUUCAACCGAAAUUAAUUGUUUACAACCACUUAACUUAAAAAAAAAACAUUUGUAAAUCCAGGGAAUCAUCUUUGAAUCAUUUUUUUCCAGUGUAUAUUGACUUUAAUAGUCGGAAAAACAAAUUCUAUGGAAGUCAAUGGUUACACGUUUCCAGCUUUCUCCAAAAUAUGAAGGGUUCAGAUGCAAAAAAGUGCCAUUCCUAAUUGCCAUUCCUAAGUGCUCCUGUGUGUAUGUUCCGUAAAUUCACAUUUAUUUUCUUUGCAUUGCAUUUAAAGUGAAAUAAACUAAAAUAUUGGAGCCUUAGAAUCAUGCUCAUUUUAGAUGAACAUUUCAGAUGGCACUUAGAGGUUUUUGUAUCUGAACUAGAGGUGUUUUUGUAUCUUUUCUUUACCAGAAGAAAAACUCAUAAAGGUGAAGGAUGACGCAAAUGAUUUAUGGGUGAACUAUCCCUUUAAUUAUUUGGGGAAAUAAAGAUCUGGAUGUUUCCAGCAGUUCAAGUUUUACAGUAAAACCAAUCAUAUAUCAAGGUUUAUGUUUUCAGGACACAUAUAUCAGUUAUAGACCAUCAAAUCCCAAGGGUUAUCAUAAUGAAAAAAAUCAGGAUGUAAUCAGACUCGGACAAAACAUUAUCAAGAUUUAAAUUCAUUGCCCAGUAUAUCAUUUAUCGGCAUCCAAAUAUCUGUGAUGAAAAUAUCCAGACUCAGGCUCCAAAAAUACACAUCAAGAUUUAUAUUUAUCAGACAAUAUAAUCAUAAUUUUUGACUUGGAAACAUACCAGUAGUCAAUUCCAAAUAUCUAAAUAAAAGCCUAAUUUAAAUCUGUUCAUCUUUAAAAUGAUCACUUCAUCUUCAGAAGACUUCAUCUUGACUCCUAUAAAUAAUUCUAUGAACAUUUGAAAGCAUCAGACUUUCAAUCGAGGGAAAAAUGGCUCCGGUGUGAUUAAAAGCAUCAUGUAUGUUUCAUUACCGAAUGACAUGAGGUUGUGUAAAUAAAUACAAAAACAAGUGUCAUUUUGAGGUGAACUAACCCUUAAAUACAUGUACUGUUAUUUUUAUUUCAUUUUACUUUAAUUUUUUCGGGUCAUUGAUCAAAAAUGAAGCCUCUACUGUUCACCCGAGCUACCGAGUCUUAGAUCAUUUUCAGUAGAGCUUUUUAAUGGUCAGUUUUGAAGUCAUUUUUAUAUCUUUAAAUUGUCGUCUAGACAGCUAAACUCCAUCAAUGUUCUGUUCCUCUUAUCUGUCCCUCUGUAAAAUCUGUCUGAAAGCUUCAUAAAAGCUUUUUCUUCCAUUCUUCCCUCUUUCAUUUCUCCUAAAAUAGGUGUCCUUGGAGUGUCAACAACAACUAAAAGUCAAAAAGCAACUGUCAGUCCAAAGAGCGUCACAUGACAGUCGUCUCCAUGGUCCAGAGUUGUGAAGUCUGGAGAGUUUAUACCUCAGGGUCUUUAGAGGUAAAUCUGUGCCUUUAAAUCCACAAAUCCAAACGUUCACCACAAAAAUCAUUUCAGAGUUCAGAUCUGCUGCUUCCAGUGUUGAGUUAACCCUUUACGCCAUGUUAUACCCUACACGAUCAUGUUUACUAGCUCAAUCAGCCCUUAACCAAAGUUAGCGAGUGGAUAUACAGUAACAGUUUGGUUAGGUUUAUUUAUGCUAUAUUCUCCUACUUUAUAAUGCAAAUCACAGUGCAAUCUUCAUUUAUUUAUUACAAGAAUCUUCAGAGCUGUCAUAUUCAUUAUUUUUUUUCCUCAUGUAGCAUGUCUUUUUUUAUAAAGGGAGGGAGGGAGGGGUUGUGACAAAAUCGCUAUUAUUUUUACAAAUAUAACACUGCAUUUUAACAGCAUUAACCUGUCUUGUUUCAGAUAUAUUUGUAUUGUUUUUUUUAUUGUGAAAAUCUGAUCAACCUUGUGAUUUCACCUGCACAAACGGCAAGGUCUUGGCCUUUUUUUUUUAAACAUUUUUGCUUCUUUUAAUCUUUAUCUACACUUCAUCUAGUAUAUGUGUGUAUUGCUGAACUUUUUAGAUAAACAUUCCAUCGCUUUCUGAUUAAAAGAAGUUGAAAUGA